AUGAUGACCAAGCUGCUGAUUGCCCGCCCUGGGCACGUCUACCUAGCCACAUACGACGCCCCCGCCAACAAAUUCACCAUCAUCCACGACCUCGCCAUCCCCGGCUGUCCCUCGUGGCUCACCGUGGACAGGUCGCGCUCGCUCGUAUACAUUGUCGACGAAGACAGCACUCAUUUCCACCGCUUCCGCCUGGACCCGUCCUCCGAGACUCCCUUUACGCAGAAGCUCACCGUCGACACCGCCAGCCCCGGCGCAGUCUACCUCGCCUUCUCCCAGGACAAGCGGCGUUUGCUCAGCGCCGCGUUUGGCAGCAGCACGGUCGACGUCUGGGACGUCAGCGACGGCGUGACGCUGCAGAGACUAGCUGAAAAGACAAUCGUGUCCGAUGGCCAGACGGGCCCCGUGUCGCACAUCCAGGACGCCCCGCACCCGCAUCAGGUGCUCCUGGACCCGACGGGCCGCUUUUACGUCGUGCCGGACCUUGGCAGCGACGAGCUUCUCAUCAUCGACUCCAAGAACGACGCCUUCAAGCUUUCAAGCCGCAUAUUUGUCCCGCCCCUCGGCAGCGGUCCCCGCCACGGCGCCUUCUACCCCGGCGGCGCGUCCCCCGCGACGCACUACUUCCUUCUCUGCGAGCUCACAAACACCAUCGCCGUAUAUUCGGUCAAGUACAAGGGCUCUCACCUGGAGCUCUUUCGCCAUUCCAAAACGAGCACCUUUGGAGCCGUCGGCGCUUCGCCCGCUACAGCACGAGCUGGUCAUUUGGAGCUUCUCCCGGACAAUAAGCACCUCUAUGUGAGCAACCGCCUGACCGGGCGCGCGCACGACAGCAUCGCCUAUAUGCGCAUCCAUACCAACGGGGUACACCCUACACUCGAAUUUGUGCAAGAGGUGCCGACGAUGGGUAUUCUGCCGCGCAUGUUUUGUGUUCUGGAUGGUGGACGAGGUGAUAUUCUAGUGGGGAAUGAAAAGUCAGAGUUUGGGUUGGUUCUGUUGGAGCGGACGCCGGACGGGCACAUCAAUGACACUCCCAAGCUCCGUGUGCCCAUGUCAGAGUUUAUGGAUGAGGUAGAGAUGAAGGAGAAUCCCGGCAAUGGGCCAAAGUUCGUCAUGGAGUUGUAG